AUGGCCAAGUCCAAGAAACAGCAAAGGAAACCCCGGCGUCAGGGUCAAAAUCGACGCUCUACACCGAAGAAAUCACUUUGCGACAUGCCCCCCGAACUCCAACUCCAUAUCUCGAGCUUCCUGCCCCUCUCCGACCGGAAGAACCUGGCUCUCGUCUGCCGACACUUCAACGAUCUCCUCCGUCGUGAGCUCUUUCUUGACAUCCUCCGCGACUGCCGGGACAAAGAAGUCGUUCUCUGCUUGAAGGACGAAGAGGAGUUCGAGUCGAGUGGCGCCAACUUGAAAGUGCCAUGGAUACGCAGAGACCUUGGCCCGUUCGUCAUCCGUGAGCUCGAGCUCGGCCCCCACGAAGAAGAAGGUGAAUGCUUCAACAUGCUCGUCUACAGUCCCGUCAUUCUGCGACCGGACGAAUCGUAUGAAGCCCUUGAUAUGGAAGUAUCGUGUGUCGAGGUGGAGAUCGUCCACGACGACGACGACUGGGAAGACGAGUGGGCCAACCGGGACAAGAGUCGGGAUACUAUUAUUACCUGGGUUUCUGUCGAGAAAUGCAGGCAGACGAUCGUCCCGUGUACGGGCGGCAUCGUUAGGAAGAAUUACGAGUGUCCUGAGUGUCGCGGUAAUCGGUUUAUUUGUCCGGGUUGUGGUGGCGUUAGUCGACGGUGGAGCAGUUUGUUUGGCAGCUGUUUGGGGGAUAUACCAUGUCCGGUCUGCGUGGGGUACAAAUAUGCGGUCAAGGGCAAGGAGUUGCUUCGUGGGGGUCCUUCGUCGGUGAAGGAACUGAAAAGUUUCUAUGGUGCGAUCAAGGCUGUGUUGUAG